AUGGACAUCAAAAGCCUCGGAUCAUCCUAUUGCAAAGAGAACUUGCUGAAGAAGCUCGAGGAUGGAGCAAGGCUGCAUGUGUACGACGUGGAUGAUCGUGCGCUACGGAACUUCGAAGCAGAGGCGCCGACAAAGGGGCGCGUUUGCUCGAACGCAAGGGAGGUUGCAGAAUCAUCGGUACGCAUCACCACUUGCAAGUCGAGGGAGGCAGACCAGCUGACCAACGCUGCACCCAGACGAUUUCUCUUUACGAUGGUCCCCGAGGGACGACACGUGCGAAGCGUGUAUCUCGACUCGCACGCAGGUGUGCUGACCACGUCGGUGGAUGACAAGAUCCUCGUCGACUGCUCCACCAUCGACACAGCGACCUCGAUGGAUGUGGGCGCGGCUGUCUGCCAGAAUUCCAAGACCGCAGCUUUUUACGACGCCCCAGUCUCCGGAGGGUCCCUAGGAGCCGUGGCUGGCACGCUGACAUUCAUGGUGGGUUGCGUGGAGGAUGACCCGAACCUCGAACUGCUCAUCUUCCCCUGUGGCGGCUUCUUGCUCGGCCUGACGGCGAAGCUAUGCAAUAACUAUUGCUCAGGCCUCAUCGCGAUCGCUACCGCCGAGGCAAUGAACAUCGGCAUCAAGUCCGGGAUGAAACCUUCGCUGCUCGCCAGGGUCUUUGCCACCAGCACCGCUCAGAGCACCAUCAACGACAAGUGGAAUCCCGUCCCCGGCUGUCUGUCCGAAUGCCCCGGCGAGCAAGGGGUGCAGCUGAUGAAGAAGGAUCUGGCGCUGGCCGUCGAGGCCGCCGACCGCGUUGGUGCUCAGUUACGAUUGGGGGUGCCAGCAUUACAGGUGUAUCAAGAGGCACGCGAGGAUGAAAGGUGUCACGACCUGGACUCACGGGUGGUCUUUCGGUACAUUGGGGGCGACGAGGACUGGGAAACCAAGUUGUCGGCGCGAGGCUAA